CGUAUGCCUUUCUUGCUACCUAUAAAUUCCCGCUCCCCCCACUUUCUCUCUCUGCUUGCUUUGUGCUCUGUAAAGGCAAAACGAACUUCGUGUCAUGCAAAAGCCUCAGAGAUAAACCCCACUCCCCUCUUUCUUGCGCUGAAAGCCGAACACAGAGCUUGGAUCACACGAAAGGGCGCGCGAAAAUGCGGCCGUCGCCGAUGGAAACAGCCACGAGAGCCGCUGCGGCGACCGCCAUGCACCCGGCCCUCCACCUCGCUCCCCCGCCGGCGGCGACGUGCGGUCCCCACGGCUGCAGCUGGCGGGCCACGCCCCACUCCGACUGCUCCACCGGCGACCUCCAGACCUACGUCGUCGUACUCGUCCUCUGCUUCGUCAUCUGCGCCCUCGCUCUCAUCUUCGCCGUCCGCUGCUUCCUCCGCGGCGGCGGCGCCCCCCAGCCUCCUCCGCCGCCGCCCACCCGCCUGCCUCCUCUGGCUCGGGGCGAGGCCGAGCCGAAGUCCUCCGGCGAAGCGGCCGCUCCUCCGAUGGCGGCGGCGGCGCUGGUAGUGUUCUCGCCGGAGGUGGAGCUGGCAGGGGCGGAGGCGGAGUGCGCGAUUUGCCUGACCGAGUUCGUGGGAGGGGAGGAGAUCAGGGUCCUAAAGAGCUGCGGGCACGGAUUCCACGACCAAUGCAUAGAGAAGUGGUUGUCUUCGAAGUCGUCUUGCCCGACCUGUCGCAGUAGCUGCGUCGUCGCCGGUUGCUCGGAGCAUGAGAACGGCACUGCCCAGUGCUCCGAGAACGGCGGAGCGACGGCAUCUCUUUCUCACGAAGCGACAGAGCAAGCUUGAUUGUCGAAGAGUUAGUGCAGUUUUUCAUUCACUUUUUCGCCUUGGAAAUUCGAAUUUCGUCUCCUGUGUUGGCGAUUGAUUUUCUCAGUCAUCAAUGUAAUGAGUGGUGAAGUCCCGUCUUGAUAGUUCCGCGUGUACUUCAACUUCUC